GUAUAAUUUUUUUAAAAGUACGAAUUGAAUUAUUAUCGACAUUAGAGAGCACAUAAAAAUAAUAUGAAUAUUACAUUUUUUUUAACAUGUUGCUUUUUGUUGUGCAUUGAAUUUCAUUGGACAACAUGUGAUAUUCAAGAAGAGCAAUUUGAUGAAUUAGAUAAUGUAACAUCAAUUAAAGUACAACUUGGAAUAUCAGAUAAAAAAAUAAUACAAUGUAUUUUCGAAACAUGGAAUCAUAAAGAUGAUACACAAUCUCCGUUUGAAUCUUUUGAAUUAUACGAUGAGAAUAAAUCAUUUAUUCGAAAUGAUUGGUUGAAAUUCAUUGGCCACAAAGACAAUAGCUGUUCUUUUAUUAUAAUUCCUGAACUUUUAAAAAACAUUUAUCAUAAGGACAGUUUAGGUGGAAGAUGGGCUAUCAAAGAAAUGUAUUGUAUCCCAACAUCCUUUCAAACAUUUUUUGGAACUUGUAAAAAACAUGAAUAUGUCACUUCCUAUACAAUACGUCAUCCAUCAUACUAAUAGAAAAUUAAAAAACCAUUUCACUAAUUAUUUUAACAUAUCAUCGCUGUUAUAAAUAAAAUUA